AUGGCUUCGGUGCAGCAGUCUCCCGCUGUUCAGCACCCAGGCGCGCCAAUGCCUGCUGGCGUGACCAAGCAACAGGCGGAAGAAAUUUUCCGGAAACUCAAGCAGAUGAAGGAGCAAGGAGUUCCACCCACGGAUCCCGAAUAUAUCAAGGCCUCUCAGUUCUUGAUGAGCUUCCAACAACAGCAUGCCAUGCGACGAAACCAGCAGCAGUUCAUGCAACAGCAGCAACAGAAGCAACAGAUGCAAAAUGCUACCAAUGGAGUGUCUGCUAAUGGUGUAAUGGCUGGCCGUUCUAUGCAGCAAGGCUCACCCCAAGCAACGCAGCCCCCAUCUAAUCCACUUAGUGCUUCCGCGAUGCCUAACCAAACCGUCUCUACUUCGGUUUCUGCUGGCACCUCUCCAUCAACUACCUCGUCCUCGAAUCACUUUACUCAGCAACAGCUAGGUCUUCUUCGACAACAGAUCCACGCGUUCAAGUUACUGGGGAAGAACGCUGGAGUCUCACUACAACUACAACAAGCCAUCUUCAACCAGCGUCAACGCAGGCAAGCGCUUCUUGCCGAGGCUGCCCAGGGAGCCCAAGCCGCGAAAUCCAACCAACCCGAUACCGAGGCUAGCAAAGAUUCACAAAAUGGACCUGAGGCAGCAACAGAAGAUGAGAGCUCGGAGAUCCCGAAAGCACACACAUUCAAGACUGUGAAGUCUCCGUAUGGCACCAGCAUGAUUCGUUCUGAUAUCAAGUACUUUGACCAUUCUCAGAGAAAGAAUCGGUGGUUCAUCCCUGGCGUAUUUCCCACUGGUAUUGACUUUGAUCAUAUGCGAUAUGAACAAGAAGUUGUCGUAUCGAACAGAAUGAGACAGCGAUAUGCCGAGUUGAAGAAUUUGCCCGGUGACCUGGCUCACUGGGAUUCCUCGAAAGAGAACUUGGAGGCUGAUGAUAGUCUCAAGCGAAAAGCAAUCAUUGAGAUGAAGAGCAUAGCUCUGUAUGCUAAGCAACGUGCGCUUCGCGACAAGAUCGGACGCCAGAUGAUGCAUUAUGAUAAUCUCGCAAUGACCACAAACAGGUCCAACUACCGUCGAAUGAAGAAGCAGAAUGUUAGGGAGGCUCGCAUUACGGAGAAGCUCGAGAAGCAGCAACGUGAUGCUCGCGAGAACCGUGAGAAGAAGAAGCAUACCGACUUCCUACGGGCGAUCUACAACCACCGACAGGAAAUUCAAGAUUCGGCUUCCUCGCAGCGCACCAAGUCGCAUAAGCUAUCUCGUCUGAUGUUCCACCAACACUUCAACAUCGAGAAAGAGGAGCAGAAGCGUAUUGAGAGAACAGCCAAGCAGCGUCUGCAAGCUCUCAAGGCCAACGAUGAAGAGGCAUACCUCAAGCUUCUUGACCAGGCCAAGGAUACCCGUAUUACACAUUUGCUCAAGCAAACCGACGGCUUUUUGCAUCAACUUGCAUCAUCCGUCAAGGCUCAACAGCGUUUGGCCGCCGAGCGCUAUGGUGAUGGCGAGGAUCAGAUUGUGGAAGAGGUCAGCGAUUACGACGAGGAUGACGAGAACAACAAGAAGAUCGACUACUACGCAGUGGCUCAUCGUGUUCGAGAAGAGGUCACUGAGCAAGCCAACAUGCUUGUGGGCGGCAGGCUCAAGGAGUAUCAAGUCAAGGGUCUUCAGUGGAUGAUUUCGCUAUACAACAACAAUCUUAACGGUAUCUUGGCCGAUGAGAUGGGUCUCGGAAAGACCAUUCAAACAAUCAGUCUGAUCACUUACCUGAUCGAGCGAAAGCAGCAAGCUGGACCCUACCUUGUCAUCGUACCUCUCAGUACUCUUACCAACUGGAACUUGGAGUUUGAGCGUUGGGCGCCUACUGUGAGUCGUAUUGUCUACAAGGGACCUCCUAAUACGAGGAAGCUGCAACAAGACAGGAUUCGUCAAGGCGGAUUCCAGGUCUUACUUACGACCUAUGAAUACGUCAUCAAGGAUCGCCCUAUUCUCAGCAAGAUCAAGUGGUUCCACAUGAUCAUUGAUGAAGGUCAUCGAAUGAAGAACUCGAAUUCCAAAUUGAGUUACACUAUCCAGCAGUAUUACCACACUCGCUUCCGACUCAUUCUUACCGGUACACCUCUACAAAACAACCUUUCCGAGUUGUGGGCCAUGCUCAACUUUGUUCUGCCGAAUAUCUUCAAGUCUUCCACGACUUUUGAUGAAUGGUUCAAUACUCCUUUCGCCAACACUGGUAGUCAGGAUAAGAUGGAACUCACUGAAGAAGAGCAAAUUCUGGUAAUUAGGCGCCUUCAUAAGGUCCUACGACCCUUCCUUCUCCGACGUCUGAAGAAGGAUGUCGAAAAGGACCUUCCUGACAAGACAGAGAAGGUCAUCAAGUGCAAAUUCUCUGCGCUCCAGUCUAAGCUGUACAAACAGAUGGUCACCCACAACAGGCUUGUCGUUAGCGACGGCAAGGGCGGCAAGACUGGUGCUCGUGGACUUAGCAACAUGAUCAUGCAGCUGCGAAAGCUUUGCAACCAUCCCUUUGUGUUUGACAUUGUGGAGAACGUCAUGAACCCCCUGAGCAUCAGCAACGAUCUUUUGUGGCGAACAUCAGGCAAGUUUGAGCUGCUUGACAGAGUCCUGCCCAAGUACCAAGCAACUGGUCAUCGAGUCUUGAUGUUCUUCCAGAUGACUGCAAUUAUGGAUAUUAUGGAGGAUUACCUGCGAUACAAGCGAUUCGAGUAUCUUCGAUUGGAUGGUACGACCAAAUCCGACGAGCGCUCAGACUUGCUACGGGAGUUCAACGCUCCCGAUUCCAAAUACUUCAUGUUCUUGCUCUCUACUCGUGCUGGUGGUCUCGGUCUCAACUUGCAAACAGCCGACACCGUCAUCAUCUACGAUUCCGAUUGGAACCCUCAUCAGGAUUUGCAGGCCCAGGAUCGUGCCCAUCGUAUCGGUCAGAAGAACGAAGUCCGAAUUCUCAGACUUAUCAGCUCCAACUCAGUCGAGGAAAAGAUUCUUGAGCGCGCACGUUUCAAGCUAGAUAUGGAUGGCAAAGUUAUUCAGGCUGGUCGUUUCGAUAACAAAUCUUCGGAAACUGAUCGUGACGCUAUGCUUCGUACGCUGCUGGAGACCGCUGAGAUGACUGAGUCAGGCGAACAGGAUGAGAUGGAAGAUGACGAACUGAACAUGCUGUUAGCGCGUAGUGAUGAUGAAAUCACCGUAUUCCAAAAGCUCGACGAAGAAAGAAUGAGGACUUCGCCUUACGGUACCGGACCAGGCACCAAACCUCGACUUAUGGGUGAGGACGAGUUGCCAGACAUCUACCUGAACGAAGGAAAUCCCAUUGAAGAUGACGCUGAAGAAGUCGUGUUGGGCCGCGGUGCGCGUGAACGCACCAAAGUCAAGUACGACGAUGGCCUCACUGAAGAGCAAUGGCUUAUGGCGGUGGAUGACGACGACGACUCUCCUGAGGCAGCUGCGGCUCGCAAGCAGGCGCGUAAGGACAGGCGUGAGGGCAAGGCAAGGAAACCAGGGGUGGACGAUUCACCUUCAGGCAGUAGAGCAAGCACCGAGGAGAUCGAGAUUGAGAUUGAGACCCCCAAGAAGCGAGGACGCAAACCCGGCAGCAAGAACGAGAAACGCAAGGCUGAAGAAGUUAAUGACGAGCCACCUCCCAAGAAGCGACGUGGCCCACAAGGACGGCCCAGCAAGGUUAGUUUGGAGUCUAGGCUACCACCUCAUCAGCGAGAGGUGCUUCAAAAGAGUCUUCGCCAUCUAUACGAUUCUUUGAUGACUAUGGAGGUGGACGACAUCGAACCUCCAGAUGACGACGAGUCGGACCCCGGCAAGCGCCUCAUCAUUGGGCCCUUCAUCAAGCUACCUCCCAAGCGUGAUUACGCGGACUACUACCUCAUCAUUCAGAAUCCCAUCUGCAUGAACCAGAUUCAAACCCGAAUCAAGAAAGAGGAGUACACCUCGUUGAGCGGACUGCGAAAGGAUAUUGAGUUGAUGAUCCGCAACUGCCAAACUUACAACGAGGAUGGAAGCAUUCUGUAUCAGGAUGCUAAGGUCAUGAACGAAUACUUCAACUCCAAGUACCAAGAGCAACUGUCAGCACACCCUGAGCUACAAGAACUCGAAGAAGGGGCUAAGGAUGGUUCAGUGGCGCCCUCUGGUAGUGGCGGCACACCUCAACCCAGCGGCACCCGCAUCAAGUUGAUUUCCAGUAGCGCAAAAGAGGCGAACGGCGGUAGCACGGCCGCACAAAGCGACGAGGAAUGA